AAGUGUUUCACGAGUGUUAUUAAUUCGACACUUUUAAAGGAGCUGUCGUAAAAAAAACUAACAAAUAGUAAGAUAACAUUUAUAUCUUGUUCAAAGAACAAUCGAAAUCAUAAUUCAAUUUUCAAUUUAUUUCAAAAAGUGAAUCUUAGAUACCAACGAUAAUAGGGUGUAUCGCGCCAUCGAAUAUAAUUUCUUUGUCACACAUAGUGUGAACUAUGAUAUAUAUGCUUGUUGAUUUUUUUCUUUGUUUCGUGCUCGGUCUGGAUGUUUCUUUGAAUUAAAAAUUAAAAUUCUAUUGUAGUAAAUUAUUUAUUGACAAGUGCUCUUUAUGAGCUGCAGUUAUUUUACUUAAGAAACCAUUAUCAAGAUUUUCUAAAGCCACAAUGAGUGAUGACGACAGUGGCAUGUCAGACUUAGGGGAUGUAGUAGGCUAUGCUGCUGUGAGAUUCUAUGUAGACAAUGCAAAAGUAAAAUUUGUUCCAGUUCAAAAUAUACGAUGUUAUGAUCCAAGUGAUAAAAACUUUCCCUAUGAUGCAUACGUUGCAAAUGGACAAGAUGCUGAUGGCCAUAAAGUAUAUGAACCUGCAGUAAUUUUAGAUAUAAAUGAUGACAAAGAAACUUUACAAGCAAGAAAGACGAGAUGGCCUAAACCAAAUAAAAGGCUCAGUGUUGUAGUCCAUGAAUUAGCAAAUAAGGAACGUACCACCAAAUCAAAUACAAAUUCACCUGUGUCUAAAAGAAAAGGGAGAAAGAAGACAUUUGUAGUGAAAUCGUCAAACAAGGGUCUUCCACCAUCAAUAUCAGAGGCAAAAUUGUCUAUGAAUGACAGAAUAAAUGCUCUGGAAGAAAAUUUUAGCGUUGAUAUUCAUGAAGAAUUAGUCAGCUGCAAACCUAAACAAGUAGAUAAAGAUAAACUGAUAGAAGAGCUGCAGAAAAAGUUGGAGGAAUUACAGAAGCAAUGUUAA